AUACAUAACCCUCUUCCACAUGCAACCUUAUUGCUUCCUUCCUUCACUAAAUCCACAUCUCUCCCUUCCCUUCCACUCAAAGCACCACCACACCCCACCCUUUCAUAUACUCAUUAAUACCCAUCCCCUCCUCCAUCCUCAAUUCCCAAACCCCGCCGACAUGUCGGACCUUCAACAGCAGCAGCAGCAGCAGCAGCAGCCGGCUUUGGUUUAUCCCAACACUGCCGCCGUUGGCAGCCAACCGCCUCCUUCCCACCACUCCAACGGCUCAUUCGGGGCAGUUUUUAUAGUUCUUGCUGUUAUUCUUGUCAUAUCCACUGUUGCUUGCUUCCUUGGCCGACUCUGCAACCGGCGAGCUGAAAACCAGAGGGCGAAGCCGGAGAAAACCCACGGCGGCGCUCGUCCCAGAGGGAAAGAACCCAAAUUGCAUCCUGACAAAGAAGGAGACAUCGAAUUUGGAUUGGAUUUGAGAAACCCAAAUGGGAAAGGCAAAGCCCCAUCUGGUGGAAAUGGAGGAACCAAAGGCAACGGCCAUGGGCCUAAUGGGCCUAAUGGCCAUAGCCAUGGGUUCAAACCCUUCGAAAAUGGCCAAAUCAAGCACGCGGAUGAUGAUCAUCAUGAAGGGGAUUUCAAGUUCAAAGCAGCAGCUCAUCCGGUUUGAUGGGUAAUUGUCAAAUCAAAACAGAGUGGUUUCUUUUUUGUUUUUCUCGAUCUAAUUACAAGCUCUUCAUUCAGUUCAAUCACAAAUCUGUGACGCCGUUUGAAUUCCAAGUAGAAAUGUAAAUGAAUUGAAAUCUAAUGGGUGGCAUAUCUUCAAGCUAACAGAUGUUCUUG